CUGCAGGCAGUGCGGGAGGCGCUCACGCGCGGGGUCCUCUCUCGCAGCCGGCCCUGAGCCGGAGCCCUGAGGCGCGAGCCUUGGCGGCCCUGCGAGUUCCCGGCGGCUGUGGUGCGGCGCUAUGGAGGAGUUCGAUGGCGAGCCGACGGUCACUUGGAUUCCAGGAGUGAAUUCCCAGAAGAAGCAAAUGUGUUUUGAUUGGGGUCCAGGGGAGAUGCUGGUGUGUGAAACCUCUUUCAAUAAAAAAGUUUCAGAAAAACCAGAGAUGGUGGCAGGUUGCCCCUUUAUCCAUAUCAUCCGAAAGGAUAUAGAUGUUUACUCUAAAAUCCUGAGAAAACUCUUCAAUGAAUCCCAUGGAAUCUUCGUGGGCCUCCAGAGAAUCGAAGAAGAGUUGACUGGGAAAUCUAGAAAAGCUCAAUUGGUUCGAGUGAGUAAAAACUACCGAUCAGUCAUAAGAGCGUGCAUGGAGGAAAUGCACCAAUUUGCAGUUGCUGAUAAAGAUUCAGCCAGUGGCCGCCAGUUCAGCAGCCAGGUCUCCAUUCUGUCGGCAAUGGAGCUCAUUUGGAACCUUUGUGAGAUUCUUUUUAUCGAAGUAGCCCCAGCUGGCCCGCUCCUCCUCUACCUCCUUGACUGGGUCCGGCUGCACGUGUGCGAGGUGGACAAUUUGUCGGCAGAUGUUCUGGGCAGCGAGAAUCCAAGCAAACACGAGAGCUUCUGGAACUUGGUGACCACCUUGGUGCUGCAGGGCCGGCUGGACGAGGCCCGCCAGAUGCUCUCCAAGGAAGCCGACGCCAACCCCGCCUCUGCAGGCAUGUGCCGAGUCCUGGGGGACCUGAUGAGGACCAUGCCCGUUCUCAGCCCUGGGAACACGCAGACCCUGACGGAGCUGGAGCUGAGGUGGCAGCACUGGCACGAGGAAUGCGAGCGGCACCUCCAGGACGGCACGUUCGCCUCCAGCCCCCACCUCGAGUCCCUCUGCAAGGUCCUGCUGGGAGACGAUGCCGCCCUGCUGGAGCAGAAGGAGCUUUUGAGUAACUGGUAUCACUUCCUGGUGACCCGGCUGUUGUACUCUCAGCCCACGGUCAAGCCCAUGGAUCUGCACCUCUACGCCCAGUCUAGCCUUGACCUGUUUCUGGGAGGUGAGAGCAACCCAGAGCCCCUGGACAACAUCUUGAUGGCAGCCUUCGAGUUUGACAUCCACCAAGUGAUCAAGGAGUGCAGCAUCGCCCUGAGCAACUGGUGGUUCGUGGCCCACCUGACGGACCUGCUGGAUCACUGCAAGCUCCUGCAGUCGCACAACCUCUACUUUGGAUCCAACAUGAGAGAGUUCCUCCUGCUGGAAUACGCCUCAGGACUCUUCGCUCAUCACAGCCUGUGGCAGCUGGGUGUGGACUACUGUGACCACUGCCCUGAGCUGGGCCGGGUCUCUCUCGAGCUGCAUAUUGAGCGGAUCCCUUUGACCACGGAGCAGAAAGCCCUCAAGGUACUGCGGGUCUGCGAGCAGCGGCAGAUGACGGAGCAAGAGCCUACCAGGGUGGGUCGUGCUGUUGACGAGGCCAGAAGACGAUCUAUAAACCUCGCAGCUCCUGGCUCUGCUGCCCAGCUGCACUUGGAGGCCACAGAGAAGCCACUUCGCAGCAUCUGUAAGAUCUUGGCCAUGAAAGCGGUCCGCAACAAUCGCCUGGGCUCUGCUCUUUCUUGGAGCAUUCGCGCCAAAGAUGCCGCCUUUGCCACGCUGGUGUCAGACAGGUUCCUCAGGGAUUACUGUGAGCGAGGCUGCUUCUCUGACCUGGAUCUCAUUGACAACCUGGGGCCAGCCAUGAUGCUCAGUGAUCGACUGACAUUCCUGGGAAAGUACCGCGAGUUCCACCGCUUAUACGGGGAGAAGCGUUUUGUCGAUGCUGCUUCUCUCCUCCUCUCUUUGAUGACAUCCCAGAUUGCCCCCCGGUCUUUCUGGAUGACACUGCUGACAGAUGCCCUGCCCCUUUUGGAACAGAAACAGGUGAUCUUCUCCGCGGAGCAGACGUACGAGCUCCUGAGGUGUCUGGAGGACCUGACCUCAGGAAGGCCGCUGUGUGGAGAGCCCGAUGCCCAGCAGCUCCAGGAUGAUGAUAUCGAGACCACCAAGGUAGAAAUGCUGAGACUUGCUCUUGCACGGAAUCUUGCUCGGUCGAUUAUAAAAGAAGGCUCAUUGGAAGGUUCCUGAAACUGGCUCCAACAUGGUAUCUUUGUAAAGGCAAUGUAUAUACACUUUUAAAAGAAUAAAUGUUUCUUUUUGCAAA